AUGGACGACAAAGAAAUCGACGAAAUGUUCGAGAAGGCUUUUCAGGAGUCGCUUGAGCUUUGGAAGAAGGCUCUCCCAACUGCUGCUUCAUAUGAUUCCGACGAAUUGCUUAAGCCAACUGAGGAAGAGCUUCGUGAAUGCGGCUUGUGGUUAUCUCCGGAGAAAGGCGAGUCGGCAUCCAAAGCAACUAAAAUGAAUCAAUUUUAUGUUUCUGAUGGAAAUAAGCAGAAAGGGCGCUUUUUCGGCCAAAAGGUUUGGUCCGAUGACGAAGAUGACGACAUUGAAGGAGGAGAAACAUAUUCGAAGUUGACUCAAGCUAAAAAGGGUCAGGUAUCGGCUGAUAGCAAUGUUCUCAGAGUCGAUUCAUCUACCAAACAAAUUUCCAUCAAUGAGCAAGUUGAAGGAUCGGAGGCCGAGACAAGCUCAAGGUACACGUUCAGAAAGAGGCGCACGAGAAGCAAGGUUUAUUGGAAUUAUCCAUUUUGCGCCAAAAAGCCUGUGAAAGGUAUGAAUGAACUAUUGCCAUCAGCGAGCAUCGGAUUAGAUACUGGAGAGGACAUAUUUAAGCAUUUAAAAGAAUUAAAAGAGCAAGCUAAACAAAGGGACAAGGUAAAAACUCGUCCUGUAAAGAAAGCUUCAAAAAAGGCCACAACUAAGAAACUUGGACCUCCGAAGCAAACUCCAGAAAAGGCCGCGCGAAAGAAACGUGGUCCUCCUGCGAAAAAGUCUCAAGCAAAAGCUGCGACCAAGAAAGACAAGAUCAAGAAGAAACCAGGUGCGAAACAAGCCAAGCUGAUUCUG